CAGCGUCCGUUGUGAUUGCGGUGAUGUGCGUCUCAUCGUGAAGGCUCGCCGGCGAUCGCUGGUCCGUGUCAAAACGCCGCUGACUCGGCGCGUCUGCGCUAACGAGGGUGGAACGGCUCUCCGUGCGUCAAGUCAGCCAUGAAGAGGCGAAGCUCGAAAGUCAAGGCGGAGAAAGCCGCCAGCCGUCGCGUCAACAAGACGCAUGUGGCACCGCCGGAGGUGCUGGAGGACUUGCCGCUGGCAAUCAGCAACAAGAUCACCAUGAGCGAUGAAGAGCUGGUUCACCUGUCGGUGCGUGACCUUAACCGGCAGCUGAAGGCGUCUGGCCUUACCCGGUCUGAGAUCGUCAAAAUGAAACAGCGCCGUAGGACACUAAAAAAUCGAGGUUACGCAGCAAGUUGCCGUAACAAGCGGCUGGAGCAGAAGGAUGACUUGGAAGGUGAACGGGCAGUCGUGAUCCAAGAGAUCUCACGCCUUCAGGAGGAGAACAAGACGCUCGAGGGGGAAGUGGACAACCUACGCUCUAAGUACUCCACCCUGCUGGAAUAUGCUCGCAAACAGGGCGUUCCCUUGCCGGCAGACCUGAACACAAACUUCUAGCCGACGCUUUUCUUCAUCUGCCAUAUUCCCCACAUAGCGUGCUCAACGUCCUUGACUAUUUCACACGUACACGAAAAUGAAUAUUUCGCUUUAUCAUGGUGCAACGAAACCACGGUAUCACUGCGGUACCACGAUAGUAUCGGUGUGUCAAAACAUGUGAUAGAAACACCUUGAUUUGUGUAAAAUUCAAAUGAGAUGAAAUUCUUGAGGAAGAAAAAAACCUUUUUUUUUUUAAGGAUGAGAAGUCUCAGCCAGAAUUGCUUGUUGCUGACAUAUAUGCUCUACUGUCAUUCCUCACUUGACAGCUUCUCAUCUUUAAAAUGUACAUUUUUAAUGCAAUCCUUUGAGGCCCCGUGUAAGCUUGUAAAGCUUAUUGGCCACUUAUGCAUGGAUGAGUUGUAAAGGAAUGCCUUGCUGUGUACUUCAUGGCAACAUUGUGCAUAGCACAAAAGCUUAUUUUCACAGAAACCUAUUGCCCCUUGCCCAAAUGCCACAACAUGGUAGUUGCUUUUUCUGGACGUCUUGAGUGGUAUUUUUCCCUGUUGGAUGUUGUCUUCUAUCAUCAUUUUAUGAUUUCUUUUUGCCGGCGAGAGUUGCCUGUGAUAUUGAAGAUCACUGCACAUUUCUUUUUUUCUACUUGCCGAGCUUUACAAAGGGUCAAACCCCUUGAAUUUAAAGCAGUCUUGUCAGAGUCUGCAUAAUUAAUGCAGUUCAAUGCCCGAUGAAAUAUUGCCCAAAUAAUUGUGACUCUCACGCUGUUUGAGAACUCCACUUGCUUGUUGUAUAUUGUUGCAUGGCAUAUAAGGCAUGCAGUCAUGUUUUUGCAUGCUUCAUUGUUGUUGUAGUGGAUCGAUUGCUGCUUGUUGUACAUAUACACUUUAUUUUACUAGAGUUGUUGUAGCCCAAGGAUUGUUGCUUGUUGUACGUAUACACUUUAUUUUACUCAGGUCUUGGGGAAGGCGCAUGUUAUCACCAUUUAUUUACCUUUUGUCAAUAAAGAAAUCAUAUACAGAAGUACUAUA